GACUCUUCUCUUACUCAAUUACUCUGUCGCAAGUCUUUUGGCGGUUCGCAUCAGCAUGUUAAUCAGACAGGAAUAAGUUACAGCGAAGUAAUACAGCAAUGGCAGACCUCAUUAAUUUCGACAUAAUAGAAGACCACAAAGAGAACAUACAAGCCCUCCCUGGUGGACGUUCCGCAAAGCAGCUCGCAGCGAUACUCACACCUGUACCAUCGGGCAGGCCUGGCAGAGAUUCAACACCGACUCUGAACGAGACAAAGACUCUCAACGACGCGAUACGACAAGAAUAUGAGAUUGAAUUGCAGUCGAUAGCAGAGGCGGACGACCCUUUAGACGUCUACGACCGAUACGUCAGAUGGACACUCAAUGCCUACCCUUCUGCACAAGCAACACCACAGUCACAGCUCCUGCCUUUGCUGGAACGCGCGACCAAGGCUUUCCUCACAUCCACGCAUUACAAGAAUGAUCCCCGCUAUCUCAAGCUUUGGCUGCACUAUAUCCGCCUGUUCUCUGACACCCCUCGAGAGACAUUCGCAUUCCUGGCUCGACAUGGUAUCGGCGAGGGGCUCGGUUUGUUCUAUGAGGAGUUUGCCGCCUGGCUAGAAGGUGCAAGUCGGUGGGUGCAGGCCGAAGAAGUAUACAAACUAGGGAUUGAAAGAGAGGCUCGACCAGCAGAAAGACUGGUUCGGAAGUACAAUCAAUUCCAACAACGCUUUGAGGCAAGACCUCAGGUCGAUAAGGAGCCAAAUUCACCUGCUCUGCCAACAGUACGGCCAGCCCUUGCAGCAAAGAUUGAUCCCUUCGCAUCAGCACACCGGAGUGACGAGUCCCAGGCUCCCCGGCAUCAGCAAGCAGGAGGAGGCUCUGCACCAACAUCGCGUUCAGGCAAGCCCAAGAUGGCCAUAUUCUCGGACGCCGACAGCGCUGCGCCACCGCCGGGAACAUCAAGUGCCGGCAAGGGCUGGGAUAGCAUUGGCUCAAUGAAAGAGCGGAAGAAGGAGAACACAAUCGAGGCUCGUCCUUGGGCCGGGGAGAAGCUGAAGGCAGGAGGCAAAGUAGGCACGGUGCCAAAAAUGGAGAUAUUCAAAGACUCGGUAUCACAAGGAACACCAGCAGACAAUGGCUCGUCCAGAUCUCAGGGCUUGUCCCAGCCGGGGGAUGUCGUCAACCCACGGACGGGUCGCGUUGAGCGUGUCUUUGUCGACCUGGACGCCAUCUAUCCUCCCAGCAGCGACCAAGAAUUCAGCUUCGAAGAAUUGCGAGCCAUGUCGAGAGGAUGGUCGCGAAAGGAUUGGAGACCACAGCAGCAACACUCACCAGCAAAGCCACCGAGUCCGCUCAAGGGCACAAGUGGAAACACACGACCGUCAUCCACAGCACAACCUAAGGCCACCAAAUCCGAGCCGGAGGACAUCGAGAACUUGAGUCAGUCAUUCCAGCAACAGAUUGACCUCAACAACACAUCCAGUGGCAAUCUCAGUAUUCAUGAUGUAUCAACACAAUCUAUGGUCGGCAUGCCACAAUCGCAGAUGCAGCCACCGGCACAGAAGCCGAAAGAAAAGAAUAUCAAGAUCAGAGAGGUCAAACAGGAGACCCAGACAGUCAAAACGCGCCUUGAAUCGCCCACGGGCAGAAAAGUCAAGAGGAAGAAUGCGACCGCUGAGCCCACCAUGACUUUCCAUUCCAAGGCUGCAACUAAUGAUAUCUACGACAUGUUCAAUCAACCACUCCGUAAACCAGAAGUAGCACAAGAUGACACGCAAAGUGGGGAAGAGACAGAUUUUACCGAAGAAGUAGAUGAUGGAUAUAGCACCACGGGCGAUGGUGAGAGUACGGGCACGGGGAGGGUGUCCGCACCUAGUAGUGAAUUUGGUGACGAUACAUUGUCCUCAAAUCGACACGAUCUCACAGAAAACCGAACACAAAGCGAAAGUCGGCCAGACAGCCUUUCGCCCUGGUCUGACUUCACGACAAGCAAGCACGUUCCUCAUCUGGCUCCUCCAACCAAGGCUUCUAGCAAAGGCUCAAGAAAAGGACAGAGGAGAACAAAGCUUGAACACAGACAAAAGCAUUCGCUGACUGCUGAAGACGUGACAGAAAGCAUGGAUUCGUCAAGCCGGGACGCAACUCAAUCGCCAGGUUUUGAUGACGGCUUUGAUACUCAGGCUAUUGCUGCCAUUGCCAACGGCAACUUUGACGACAUGAAUACCAUGGCAAUUGCCAGGAUCGCUGGAGAUGUCGACGUCGACGACGAUGAGCAUUCAGAGGGCGAGGGGCAGAUCACUGAUGUUGUGGGCUCAGAGGCCGCGGGCGCGGGCGCGGUCCAAAACGAAGAGGAAGAAGAACAACAAGCCGCGGGCCACAACAAUCACAGACUCACUCAAGAAGAACUUGCAACACCUGUCGACGACGUCUUCAGCGAGCAUGGGGAGAUUCCACACAAGACAUCCUUUGUCCCAAUCCUGCCGGAGGAUUAUGAGCCCACACCAAUGCGACCGUUUCGAGACCCAGCCUUGCUUGCACAGAACAAAUUGCCCUUCAUGACACCGAUUGUGGAGAGAACCGAGAGCUCAAUGGCCCCUUCAACCAUCUUCCAAGACCCGGACUACUUCAAUUCCAAAACACCGAGUAGAUUGGCCAAAGGCAAAUAUGACAGCCCUUCGAAGUUGCAGCAGCAGCUGGACGAGUUGUUGAUGAGCACUCCCGAGAAACAGAGAGGCACUCCAUUGUCUUCGAUCAAGAGAAAGCUAGAGCUGGCUGGCGCUACGGAAGAACAGAUUUUGACUUCGUCGCCAAAGCAGAAGAAGGUGGCUGGAUCUAGACCCGCUGAGCUCAACUCACCCGUCACCAAGUCUCCAGCGCGUGCAAUCCUUCAAGAGACCACGAGACACAAAGGGCCAAUCGUUGCAGACUUGCAAUGCAACCCGUGCGAUGAUACCAUUCGGCAGCAGAUCUUAUCGGCAGUUCACCCACCGCUUUCUUCGCAUGCCGGCUACUAUGACCACUCGAGCCAGGUCCUGAACAAUUACCCUGUCCUGAAGUCGUACGCAGAGAAGAUGGCAAAGACAAAGAGCAAGGCUAGUCCGAGAAAGAGUCAGGGUGAGAAAGGAUCGAAGGCUGUGCCACCGCUCCUCAAGUUCACUGGAACUACUCGAGUCUAUGCUGUGAAGCGAGAACUCGGAGCAGGCGCAUUUGCACCAGUGUACCUGGUCGAGAGCUAUGAUCCUAGCGAGAAUGCGAUCGAUGACGAAGAACAAGACAAAGAGAACGUCGCUCCAAAGUCCUCCACGGACAUUGUAGAUCGUCAGCAGCUCGAGGCCCUCAAGAUUGAGUCUCCACCUGGCACGCUGGCUUGGGAAUUCCACAUCUUGCGACUUGUGCGUCAACGCCUCGGACAUGCCUCGCGAACCAUGCAGUCAGUUAUCAUGGCGCAUGAGUGUCACCUGUACCGCGACGAAGCGUACAUUGUGCUUUCGUACAGUCCACAAGGCACGUUGCUCGACCUAGUCAACCUUGCUAGAAGUGAGAAUUUGAAAGCUGGAAAGCCUGCUGAAGGCCUUGACGAGAUUCUUGCAAUGUGGUUCGGCGUCGAGUUGCUCCGGACCAUGGAAGAAUUGCACCGCGUUGGCAUCCUGCACGGCGACUUGAAGGGCGACAACUGUCUUGUUCGAUUCGAGUCUGAUGUUGAGGUCACUGGCCCGUAUGACCCGGAGGGCACACACGGCUGGAGCGCGAAGGGAUUGAAGGUGAUAGACUUUGGACGUGGAAUUGACGUGAAGAUGUUCAAGCCCGCGGCUCAAUUCAUUGCGGAUUGGCCUUCAUGCCCACAGGACUGUGCGGAGAUUCGCGAGUGUCGACCUUGGAAGUGGCAGAUUGAUUACCAUGGAGCGGCGGGCGUGAUUCACAGCUUAUUGUUUGGCAAGUACAUUGAGACCGUGCCCAUGAGCAGUGCAUUGGGACCAGGCCAGAAGAAGGAGUGGAAGUUGAAGGAGAGCCUGAAACGAUACUGGGAGAAGGAGAUCUGGGGAGAUCUUUUCAGUGUGUUGCUCAAUCCUGGAUCUGUUGCUGAUGGAGAGAUGAUGCCGAUUCAGGGAAAUCUGAGGAGAGUGAGAAUGAGGAUGGAGAAGUGGCUCGUGGAAGAGGCGGAGCGAGGUGGAAGGGAUUUGAGAGGAAGUUUGAGAAAGAUGGAACGAUUGGUGAGUUCCGGCAACAAGUGAGCAUGGACUUACCUUUACCAAGGCAUGUGGUUGAGAUUGGAAAUUGGCGAUUGAAGAUUGGAUAUGGAUACCUAUUGGAUUUGCCACUUCGGUUCAGCGAUGGCGUUGGAGGUGUUUUGAGUAUGCCACCAUGUUGUGUGAGGAUCUCGAAGCUAUGGAGUGCGAUAAGACGGAUUCAUUAUUGUCGCUAUCAAUCAGACCAAAGAAUUCGCA